UAGCAUGACAGCUGACGUCACCGCCCCAGCCCAGCCUUCUUGGAGCGCACAAACGCAGCAUCAAGGAGGAAGCUCAACUGCAAUUUAACCAUCUACAGCUGUGAGGAAAACAUGGGGAACGUGCAGCCCACCAUCGUCCCAUAUGAGGAUUUUGACGUCAUAGAUGACAUAAAAGCUUUAAGAAAAGCAUGUAAAGGGUUGGGGACAGAUGAGGAGGCCAUCAUCAACAUCCUGGCCAAUCGCUCUGCAGCUCAGCGAGUGGAAAUCAAACAGGCCUACUUUGAAAAGUACGAUGACGAACUGGAGGAGGUCCUCAAAAAGGAGCUAACAGGCAGCUUUGAGAAAGCCAUCGUUGCCAUGUUGGACCAUCCUCACGUCUUCUUUGCCAAAGAGCUGCGGAACGCCAUCAAGGGGGCGGGUACUGAUGAAGCAGUGCUGGUUGAGAUCCUGUGCACUGCCACGAAUAAUGACAUCUUGAGCUAUAAGGAGGCUUAUCUUCAAGCCCAUGAGCGUGACUUAGAGGCAGAUAUUGAGGAUGACACAAGUGGAGAUGUCAGGAAUUUGCUCAUCUCACUGCUGCAGGCAAGUAGAGAUGAAGGUUAUGAGGUUGAUGAGGAUUUAGCCGACCAGGACGCUUCAUCUUUAUUAGAGGCAGGAGAGGGCAGGUUCGGCACAGACGAGUCCACCUUCACCUACAUCCUGACACACAGGAACUACAUGCAGCUUCAGGCCACUUUUAAGGCCUAUGAGGGGCUGUCAGAUACAGACAUUUUGGACACCAUUGAUGCUGAGGCUACAGGAACUCUGAAGGACUGCUACACCACACUUGUGAGAUGUGCAAAGAACCCACAGCUGUACUUUGCCAGACGCCUCAAUGCUGCAAUGAAGGGUCUGGGCACGGAUGAGGACACACUUAUUCGCAUCAUCGUGGGCCGCUCUGAGAUUGACCUGGAGACAGUGAAAGAGAUGUAUCUGGAGAAAUAUGACGUGACCCUGAAAGACGCCUUGGAUUCUGAGUGUGGGGGGGACUUUAAGCGUCUCCUCAUUGAGAUCCUGCACUGACCCCAACCCAUCUUAAGCCUUAAUUAUAUAGCUUUAUAUCCAUCAUUACCCUCAUUUCUCUUUUAUCAUGCUAUCCUCACUUUAUAAACUUCUUCAACCAAAGUCAACUCAGUCAUAAAUUACAAGUUUAAUAGUCAAAUAUUUGUCUUCUUAUCCGCACUACUUAUUCAUACAGAUAACCAUACAACAGUGACGUGUAGUGAGGUUCACGGGUGGUGAGGCGCUGACGUCAUCAGUCAGAUUUGAAAACAAAUAAACCCUACAGAGUAAUUUAUUCACCAUUUGAUUGAAGUUGAAGCGUGUUUAAAUUUGAAUUUCAAAAUUUUCCCUCCGUUUACAAACAGUAAACAAAAAAUCACCAAAAUUGUUUUAUUGGAUCACUUUUACUUACAAAUGAAGUCUUAAAAAUAGUGUUUGAUUUUUAAUUAUAAAAAAGUACAUUCAUUUAUUUGUGUAGCGCUUUUCAUUCCAGUUCAAAACACAAAGUGCUUUACAUAAAAGGAAAUGAAAUUCAUAAAAUAUGAAAAUGAAUUAAAACAGCCUCCCCUGACUGCAUGUCACUGCCAUACAGAUAUUUGUCCUCUUCCUUUGUCUCCCUCACUUUUUGCCUCUUUAAUGCUUUUCACACAAUCAAUGCUGCUCCAAUUCCAACUUUUGUGAACACCCAAACCGUCAAUCAUGCAACUUUUAAUAUUUAAAUGCCUGAAAAAACGUAUCAUAUAUACAUGUAUUUGAAAGAGUUACUAGUUGUCUUUUUGCAUCACCUUUAUGCUAAAUGUGGUUUUGAAUUCUGUCUGCUUACAAGAUACCUUGUUUUUAAAUUCAUAUUGACCAUAUACACUGCAGGAACAUAACUUUAUGGUAUCUGCAAUCUGUUCAGUGCAAUCUUUUAAUAUAACAACUCUUUGUAUAAUGAGGCAUCUAAUUGUACUUGUAGAUCACAGUGUAAGUAAUUUUAAUUUUUUGUAUAUACUUUUAAUUAAUUAAAGAGCAACCACAUUACAUGUGUUCCAUUAAAAACAAUGUUUAAGUGACAUUUAUUUGGUUGUUACUGCAAAACUUGUUUUAACACAGAUUCUUUAAUAAAUGUUUCCUAUAUGGGGCAGUGUUGUACCA